GAACCGGAAGUGUAAGCACUCCAGCUUCUUUUAGGCCAGGCGGAACCUGCUCGGUUGGGCCCGGUGGCUGCAAAAGAACUUUCUCCCGCCCCAACGGUCCCCGCGGCCAACUGCCUCGCCCGCCUGGCAGCCUCCCCCGCCUUCUCUUCUUCUUCCCUCUGGCACCGCGCGGCCCUGUCUCCUUCUCGCCCGGCAGUAUCCGCUUGCUCCUGCCACCACCUCCUCGUCUCCUGCCCGGCCAGGCGGCCCGCCCCGCUGCAGUGAUGUGCGACAAGGAGUUCAUGUGGGCCCUGAAAAACGGGGACUUGGAUGAGGUGAAGGACUAUGUGGCCAAGGGAGAAGAUGUCAACCGGACACUGGAAGGUGGAAGGAAACCUCUUCAUUACGCGGCAGAUUGUGGGCAGCUUGAAAUCCUGGAAUUCCUGCUGCUGAAAGGAGCAGAUAUUAAUGCUCCAGAUAAACAUCAUAUCACCCCUCUUCUCUCUGCUGUCUAUGAAGGUCAUGUUUCCUGCGUGAAAUUGCUUCUGUCGAAGGGUGCUGAUAAGACUGUGAAAGGUCCAGAUGGACUAACUGCCUUUGAAGCCACUGACAACCAGGCAAUCAAAGCUCUGCUUCAGUGAUGGGCGGAUGGGCUGACAGCUCCGGAAGAAUGACUCUCCUGUGGCCUCACACUGCUGCCUGUCUGUCUGUCACUCUCUAUCUGCCAGCUUCUUCAGCUAAAUACUUUAAGAGGGAUUGGGGGGUGGGGGGGAGGAAUUCAUAACAAAUCAGACUACCAGGAAAAACAAUAUUUUGGAGGAGAGGAAAAAGUCACGAUCAGGCUUUUACUAGGACUCCUGAUCAAGUCAUCCUCUUCUCCAUUUCCAAAAAAAAAAAUAUAUAUAUAUAUACAGCAUAUACCCAAGGGAGAGUAAAGACAAAAUACACCGUAACAUUGGACCUUCUCAGCCCCCUAGCUAAUUUAUUAGAUUGUGUCAAGGGUCUGACUAUACAAAGGCCAACUAUCCAUAUUUGGUAGCCCUAACUGCGAGCAGUAGCGGCUGCUGCGAUGUAAACCUAGGGUGCUGAGAUAAGCAAUUAGCUCUAGCCUUCUGCCUUAAGGUGCACUCUUCGGGACUCCCCUGGUGUAGUUAAGAGCGCUGCCUGUGGUUGGUGACCAAAUCUUCCCUCGGUGACUUUCGGCUUCACGCGAAAGCUCGGUCCAGGUCAGGAGGGGCACACUCCUAAAUUGCUAGAUGACGGAACUUUGGAUUUCCUCUCCCCUUUCACAUGGAUUUCAUGUAUCUAUAGGUAAAACUGACUAGUUUUAUUUAUAAAAUCUUAAGUUUUGGAAGUCUCUAGGAGAAACCAUUCCAGUACGCCUCUUUUUUCCUCCUCUAGAUUCACACAUUUAUGUAACAUUGAAACACUUUUAAACUCGUGCUGGUCGUACAAGGGGAUGUAAAAGUAGAAUCAUAGCCAUACGCCUGUUAGUAUCAUAGAGAGAACAGCUGUCUGAGUACCUGUGAGCUUGCUUUCUGCACUUGCUGUUGGAGUGGAUCGGCCUCGGUUAUGUGUGGAGAACAGAGGGGCUCCGGGUGCCUCUCAGACCCUCUCGGAUGCUGAUUACUUUCCGCACCAACGCUCUCACUGGGCUGAGACUGACUGUUGGGACACAUUUGACCCCAUCUCUUCAAACACAUGCUUGUGACCAGGUUUCCCCGAGUUGUCGAUAAACUUCUGCUGAACAUUCACCAACCCACCUGCAUAGUAUACUUCUGUUUCUUUUCUGAAUCCUGUACUGCAUAAAGUGUGACACCUUCUGUGUCCUUAAAUACCUGCUUGAAGCAGUUCUUAGGACCUGCAGAAAAUAUUUAGACACAUUUUCAAAUGUUUAUUUCAUGAACCAUAUGACUAAUUAAAACCCUUAAAUUUUGCAGUUUUGCAUUUAAAAUACUAAGAUUCCUUUGGCACCCAUAUAAGCUGACUAAAAAUAUUAGGACUUUUCCUUAGCCAUGUCAUGCAAUAAUUGAAUGUACCUCAAAUUUUUAAAACAAGGGGAGGGUGGGUUCGGGACUUGUUUCAGAUUAUGGAUAAUAAAGAAUUAUGGAUGAUUUUUUUAAGGCAAUGUAGCAUUCGACAGCAGAGUUAAACUAUCAAAAACAGUCAUCCUGGCUGAUAACAAAUCUUAUAGAUCAGUUGCUGAUUGGUUGGCUGGGUGUGUGAGAAUGUGCGUGUGUGAAUGUGCGUGUGUGCGCGCGCGCGUGUGUGUGUUUCCCCGUGAACCCUUUUUUUAUCCUGUGGCUUUUUCACUUACAACUAGCCUAACCCUGUAAUUUUUCUGCAUCCAAGAAAACAAUCACAAAAUGGUGGCUUAAAUUCUUUGAUACAUUUGGCUAAUUCUGCUGCCUUACUGCGGCCUAUCAGUCAGACUAAAGUCAGUAACCAGUGCUUGAUUGCAUCGCUGAACGGAAACCUGGAGCCAGCCUCGUUGAAGAUGGAGGGCACUCUCUCAGUCCUUAACUGUCAGCGUAGUGACAGGGUGUUUUGAUAUCUUUGUUUUCACCUCUUGGCAUAUUGUGAUCUAAAAGGCUUGGGUUUUGCCUCCACACAGUUCUUACCUUUACAUCCUGAGUGUUCUGUUGCAGUUGGCUGUUGCAGAGAGUGCGCUGUCCUGUCAUUCCUAACCCUGGUCUGCUUUCCAGUCCCCCAGUACAGAGCCUCCUAACGUUUGUACAGUUUCCCCUGAUGUUCCCUGUGAUGCAGUAGAGGCUGCUUCGCCUUCUUCUUUCUCAGCCAUUUUGUAAACCCCAUAAUUAUGAAGAGGUUGCUUGAGAAAAUAGCAUAUAAACAUAGAAUAGACUGACCAAGAUGGUUUACAAUUUUUUUUAAGCUAGGUUAUUUAUAAUGUUAUUUCUGAACCACUUGGCAGAAGAAUUCACAACACUUAAUGUUCAUAUUUUGAGUACAGGAAGUUAAAACCAUGUCUGCUUUUUGGUACUACAUGCAUUAGUGAAAGGUUAAGUUUUUGGGUUUUUUUUCUCUCCACUGAAGUAAUAUUUAACAUCUCAGCAAAAGCCUUGCAUGUUCUGUAGUUUUGUAUCAAGUCGGUCAUUUCAUAUGCACUAUAGCAAUUAAAAACAGGUGUAUAAAAACACCUGAGCGUUUACUACACGAUUAGUAUACUAACAAAUUCCCCCUUGCAGCUUCAGACUGGUAUCUAUAGACUUGGAGUUUAAACACGGCACCAGAGUGUGGCCAAGUAGGCCUUCUACCCGCGGCUCACGGUCCAAACCCAGCGGGGCACGGAGGGGGGAGAGGUGGGUCAGCGUGUGGAAGCUGCAAGCAAGUAGCCCCUUUGUUCAUUGAUUUCUUUCUCCCAAAUAAUGGAGUUCAAAUCUGUAUGUACCUAUUUGAUUUUUUUUCCUUAAAACUUCCACGGAGCUGCUGUUUUCUUUCAUGCAAUAUCGUAUACUCGAUUGUGUAUAGAAGCUGGUGAGAGUGCCCUCCUACAUAAGCAAUUGCAGUGUUUUGCAUGCAAAAUUUUAAAAAUUUAAAUGGUCCUGAUUCUAUUUUGUAAAUGGAGAAACAAUCAUAUCUUUCUAAGCAGUAAUGGAGGAAGACUAGUGCUUUGUGCAUUUUGAUAUAUUUGAGUUCAUUUUUUCCACAAUGUAAUACUUUUGACACAAUUGGGUUUCUCAUUAUUCUAGUUCAUGUACAUCAGAAUGCUAAAUAAUACUGUGUUUAAGUUUUGUGUUGCAAGAACAAAUGGAAUAAACUUGAAUUGUG